GGAAAGGUAAUCCCCGUGGAGGAGAUAGAUUCCGCGAAAGGGUCGACUUCCUCCGACUCAGUGAAAGCGGAGAGGCGCGUGGAAUUACCGCUUUUGACGAUCGCUGAAGUCUCGCGAUUUUUAGAGAAAACUAAUCGCGACGACAUGUCGACCACGACCAUGUUGAGGAGCUUGGCGAACGAAUUUUCUUCGCGAAUGAUAAAACAACACAGCACUAGCAUGACGGCGACAAAAAAGCGCGCUAAACUAGUCGCGAGAUUAACGAAGUUACUAGUGGAUUCCCAAUGUUAUUUGAAUCCUGAUAAAUUCCCGUCUGACCUUGUUUUCUCCACAAAACAGCCUCCCGCUUGCAAUAUUCGUUUGCUGAAACGUGCCCUGCCGCUUGAUUCCUACAAUCUUAUCGCCCCAAUAUUGGGUAUGCCGAAUUGGUACCCGAAAAAAGUCAUAAAGAAAGUGGAGUAUUAUGAAGAGAAAGAGGAAGAAGAAGAAAAAGAAGAAGAAGAAGAAGAAGAAGAAGAAGAAGGCACGAUUCCCUUCGAUUUGAUUGUGCAUCCCCCGACAACCAAAGACAUUUCGAACGGAGAUGAGUAUAAAGUAGGUCAAGUCAGAUCGAAUCCUUACGCUCUCUUUUUAAAGAAACCGCGGCGCAAGGUUGUCACUUGGCGUCCUUUAACGGCGGCCGAUCUUAAAGGCUACGAUCCCGAGGCUACUCUUGAGAUGAGAACCAGAAAUAUUACGGACAGGAUAUGCCGUGACUUCUGCGACUGGCUGCGUAGUUUAAGCGGCACCGACAAAGUCAUCGACGAGGAAAUCCUAGGAGAUAUGUUCGAAAUUGACUUUACGGCCGACGCCAGCAGAACGAUGGAGAUGUCAAUCAGAGAAAUGCCGAUGGUACCUAACAAUGUUGCCGCAGCGAGACAGUGUUUUGAUGCAAGUGAGCUUGCCAUGACCAAGACGCAUCUGAUCAGAGAUGCCAAAGCUGAGAGUAAGCCAAGCAAAACAAUGGCCUUUGGUACCGCGAUUCCCUGGAAGCUUCGGUUUGUACCACCCAAAAAUCGGGUGAGAGAAAAAUGGCUACAAUGUGAGAACGUGAUGACCGAUCUAGAAACGAUGGACGUGGUCUGGAAAGACAUAACACAUCUGGACAGCGUCAGGUCUUUCGCAAAAUGGCUCAGUGAACGUUCGGAAAUUUUACCGGAUGCAUUAAAAACCGCAAUGACCACCAAUUUUGCAAAAUACGCCAAAAUUGUCGACGAAACGCAUUUGCAAACGAAUGUCAAACAGAUUAGCGGCUUUAAAGCCCGCGACGCCCUUCAGAGUCCUGACUCGUCCUGAUUUGACGAGUAAUUAACAGAAGCAGGAGAGAUCGGUACUUGGAAAGAAAUUGUCGAUAGACCCUCAAAGUUCCUCCAUACUGGCGCCAAAUACGUUCGUGUAACCGAUACGACCGCAUGAUGACACGGCGCAGAACGCCCAUUUCCUGUAUGCGGCGAACGGUUAACCUCCGUGUAGCCGCCGUGGAUGCUUCAAUCGCAAACAAUUCCCGUGGAAAUUUCGACAAACGUUCAAUUACGGGACCUAAUUUUCUGCUAAUGAUCGCCACGUUUCACUAAUCCAACGUAACGUAGAAAUCAAGUUUCUCGCCGGGUUCCUACCUCGAAUCAAAAUGUAUGGAUCAUUAAAAGGCGCGAACGGUUACCGGGCCAUCAUUCCUGAUUUGGCGUGUAGAUUGGAUUAACAGUCCGAUUUCUGUCUCUCCUACUCUCCCUCACACUAUGUACACAUACACCCGCACAUACACACGACAAAUUAAUUCAUUG